AUGCCGACCUCCAAGUCUGUCUCCUCGCGUCUCUCGCCUUCGUCGUUGUCACCUUCUUCGUCACCCUCUUCGGCGUCGCCAUCCCCGUCACCUUCCUCACCUUCUCCGCCCCUCUCCUCGUCGCUGUCGCCAGCGUCAACCCCGCCACCAGCACCACCGUCAGCGUCCGCCCUGGUGACGACGUCAACCCUAGUAGCCCUGAAGACACCCCAGCUCUCUUCAAAGGCUUCGGCCUUUUCAAUCGCCGCCAUCAUGGGUAUUGGCACCCAGAACCGGACUGUUGAUCCCCGUAUUCACCCAGCGCAUCUCCUGGCCCCAACAGGUCUGCCCCGAGGCCACCCGUUCUAUACGGGCGCUGAGCCCUUUAUAACAGCAGCAGCAGCAGUAACAACGACAGUGACCAGUGGUGGAGGAGGCGGGGGAAAGGGGGGAAGUGGUGUUGGCGGCGGUAGUGGGGGCAAGGGAUCGGUGUUUAAGUCUGGCCAUGAGGACGGUGAGUGCGAGGUGGGGAGAGGGAAAGGGCACAAAGGUGUUGAAAGUGGAGGUGGUGGCGCGGGUAGCAACCGAAGAAGAGAGACAAUUAUAUCACCCUUGGCAGAAAUAUUUCAUCUAUCUAUCUAUCUAUCUAUCUAUCUAUCUAUCUAUCUAUCUAAGUGCUAUCUUCUUACAUAUUCUCAUCUAUUUCAAUCUGAGUUUCUCUUUCACAUACACUCUCUCUCUCUUUAUUUUCUUAACUAUCUCAACCUGUUCUUCUCACACUAUCUAUCUAUCUAUCUAUCUAUCUAUGUGCCAUCUUCCUACAUAUUCUCAUCUACUUCAAUCUGUGUUUCUCUCUCACUCUCUCUCUCUCCCUCUAUUUUCUUAACUAUCUCAACUUGUUCUCAAUCUAUCUAUCUAUCUAUCUAUCUAUCUAUCUAUCUAUCUAUCAUGAAGGAUGGACCAUAUAUAUAA